GUUGAACGUACACUAUUAGCCAAUACGUGGACGCUAACAAAUGUCAAACUUACUCGAUAACCUGAAUGCCUUCAAAUCGAAGGUCAAGUCUGCACCUGUGCUCACUUCACGUACGAUAACGUCACCAUCACCUUCGAGAAAGUCCACCACUCCACAGCCGUUACAACCACCCGUUAAACGUCGAUUGGACGACGAGGAUGAGGACGAUGAGAACGAGGAAUCAAAGAAACAGCACAUCGAUCCAUCUGGCACACAUUUAUCCACAAAGUUACUCUUAGCAGUGGAUUACAUAAAGGGAAAGGCUCAGCCAGUGGCGAUUGAUGCACUUUUAUCCUACUUGAACCUGAACGAGGAUUCGCAAAGACAAAAAUUGGUUAAUCUAUUGACAAAUUUGGAAAAGAUCCAGUACGACAAGGACGACCAGACAUUGGAGUAUGUGUCGAUUCACAACAUCAAGACCAAAGAUGAUUUACUGAAAUUUCUCAUUGAUCAGACAACUUUUAAAGGUAUCUCUGUGAAGGAGUUGAAAGAUGGCUGGAACGGUUGUAUCGAUGCAAUUAACGAGUUGGAAGAAGAAGGCAAAAUACUGGUGUUACGGACAAAGAAGGAUAACAAUCCAAGAUUGGUUUGGUUCAACUUGGGUGGUGAACUGGGUUCGAUAGAUGAAGAAUUUGUCAAGAGUUGGCAGAACGUGAAGCUUCCAGAGAGGUCAGAAUUACCUGGAAAGCUGAGUGCAUUGGGAUUGAAACCUGCAAGUGUUGAUCCAAAUACGAUUAAGAAGGAUACCACUCAACAAGAGACGAAAAAGAGAAAACAAAGAAAGGGAAAGAUUACCAAUACUCAUAUGGCUGGUAUCCUAAAGGACUACAGCGUUUGAUGAUAAGUAGAAUCAAUUUAUUAUCAAAAGACUCACGAGAAAAAAAAUGUAACUGAGGAUAUUGUAGAUUUUACUUCUUCUCUUUCUUUUCCUUCUUUUCCUUCUUUUCUUUCUUUUCCUUCUUUUCCUUCUUCUCCUUCUUGUCCUUCUUUUCCUUCUUUUCCUUCUUCUCUUUCUUCACUGGUGUGGUAUCCAUGUCUACAUCUUCAUCCACUUCAACGUCACUUGUUUCAUCCCCCGUGGCACGUCCGUAACCCGUAGCAAAGUGCUGUUUCUGAAGACCAUUGACCUUUCUCACGUCCUUUCUUGGUUUCACAACUUUAUCGUAGUUGAUGCUUGGAAUCUUCACUUUUUCUCUAACGUUAUAGAAUCUCUUUAUGUCUCUCAUCCCAUCACCAAUGACUUUGAACUUGGCACCUUCCGAUACCAAAUC